AUGUUUCGCAGAUGGGUGCUUUCUUCUUGUUGUGUGAUGCUUUCUCUUUCUCUGUCUCUGUCUCUGUCUCGGCUACAUACAAAAAAUGGACGCCUUGGAUUCCGUCUUCGAUCCACUGAGAGAGUUCGCAAAGGACAGCGUUCGGCUUGUCAAGAGGUGCCACAAACCCGAUCGCAAAGAAUUCACGAAGGUAGCGUUCCGCACAGCGAUCGGAUUCGUGGUGAUGGGAUUCGUAGGGUUCUUCGUCAAGCUGAUCUUCAUCCCUAUCAACAACAUCAUCGUCGGAUCUUCUUAAAGGUCGCAGAGUAUGAGAAGUGGGCAAGGAAGGGUGGAGUAAGUAGUCGAUGA